AUGGAUCACUACGGGGAUGUUCCAGGAGAGAAGACCAUCACUUUUAUCUGGUCUGCUGUGGUGGCUCUAUAUGGUUUAGGAGGUCUCUUUGGCUCCAUGACUAGCCUGUUCAUUGAGAGUGUGGGGAGGAGAGCCUUGAUGUGGAGAGGGUUUGGGGGAAUGUCAGCCAUUAUGGCAUUAAUCACUGUCACCCUCUACCUAAAGGACUACAGCUCUGUGAUUCCAUACAGCACCAUUGUCCUCAUUUUCCUGUUCUUCAUUUUCUAUGGGGGAGGCCCAGCUGGAACAGCCCCAUCACUCGCCAAUGAGAUCUUCAUCCAGUCAUACCGCCCAGCUGCAUUUGUGAUUAUCGGUUUCCUGCACUUGCUGGGAUUCACCAUUUUUGGAUUCAUCUUCCCAUUCCUUAUAGCUGUCCUGAAGUCUCUGAGCUUUGUUCUCUUCUCCUGCGUUUGUCUGAUAGCUGCUCUCUACGUCUUCUUCAACCUUCCUGAAACAAAAGGCAAAACUCUCCUUGAGAUUUCCCAAGAGUUCGAGAAAACAUCAGAGUAUGUGGAUACUCCACAGAAGAUGUCAUGUGCUUAG